CUGUAAUCGAAUCUCUUAUACUUUCCCUUUAACCCUCGCCAAAAGUUAUCUUUCGUUCUGCAACCCCAGCAUCCUCCAUCUUUGUGUAAAUGCCCUCCAUCCUAAACCUCAAGUUUAAAGGUAACAAAUCAUUCGUGGCGUUUAGUAAUCUAGGCGACACCGAGUCGCUCACGAAGACAUGGAAGGUCUGCACAAAGGUAGCCAGCUACCUCGAGCAGGGCCAGCGCCUUGAAAACUUGAGCUGGCGGCUGUGGCACUUGCAGAAUCUCAUUGUCGACACGGAUAACGCCAAGUCUAAACGUGAGUUCAAGAAGCUCUCCAAGACUAUGGGAGACAAGUUGGACAAAGAGAAGGGCAGGAGUAUCGAGGAGCUUGAGGCUCCCGAUUUCAAGCGAAACGCUUCGUCCGAUCUCUUACGCCAGCGCGCAGUCGAGAAAGAACGCAGUCGCGAAGCCAGUCAAAAUGCCAAACCUGGCACUAUCAAGAGGAUGCAAUUUACCUUCAGUGUCGAUCAGCCCCCGCCGGCCACUCCCAACGUGGCUUUGAAGAAACCGGACCUCAAGCCUUCUGCUGACUUCAAGGAAGCGACUGGCAAGCGAGGCCGGCCCACAACUCGAUCAUCUGCUAACUAUGACGACCCGAACGACUGUUCCGCGGAUUCUAACUUUAACGACAGAGAUGUUCCACGACGUCGCAGGGUUCCCAGUAACGCGGAAACCCCCACCCUUCGCUUCCCUACUCUGUUCUCCAACGACUUUGGCCCAUCAGCUUUAUUAUACCCCACUCCCACUUUGACCACCUCUAUGAACUAUGGGGAAGGCGUUGGCUGCAACGGCUCUUCUGACGGGUUCAGUAUCAUCCGUCCAACUAUCGAACUUCCCCUAGACGAGUUGCUGAGCAACGUAGAUCCGACAGAGAACAACCAUUGGCCGUACAGCCACCACGGCGACUUCCAGAGCGACCAAGAGUCUAAGCCUGUUGUCGAGUCAGACAUCGUCAUGUUCCCCAUCCAAACCGAUUACCGCGACGUGUCUGAGGCUUCGGAUACCGACCUAGAGAUGAUGUCAACGGACUCUUCUAGCCACGUUCCUCCAAUCUCUCAGGCGGUCAAAGAAGCGUUGCCUUUGACUGUCGUUCCUUCCAAAGUCGGCCCGAGUUCCGGCACUGGCGCUAACACUCCCACAGGAAGGCCAACUCUAACCGUCAAGACUUCUCCGGUGACGAGAUCGUCCGGGCCAGGCGCAACAGCCACCAAUGUGAAUCCUGCCAUCUUGCGCAACACGAACAACAAUUCUGCUCCGGGUGGUGUGAAGGCCGAAUGUUCGAAUUGUGGGGCGACCCACACCCCACUCUGGCGACGAGGAUUGAAUGACGAGCUCAAUUGUAAUGCCUGCGGUUUGUAUUGUAAAUUGCACAAGCGCCCCCGACCGAAAAGUAUGCGCAGUAACCAUGGAGAAGGUCGCACUCAGGCUGCCCCACGUCAAGAGACAGUGGAUGUUAUGGCGCAAUGUUAUAAUUGCCAUACGACAGCCACUCCCCUUUGGAGAAAGGAUGAUGAAGGCAAGACUGUAUGUAACGCCUGUGGUCUAUACUAUAAAUUACAUGGGUCGGCGCGUCCCAUCUCUAUGAAGUCGGACGUCAUUCGCAAACGUUCUCGUCAUGACGCGAGGCGUGUCGGACCGGGUACUUCGGAGACACCUUCUGCGAGCCCAGGAGCCAGCCGCCGAGCAUCUCCGACUGUGGAACCGUCGCCAACCCUUGCUCCCGAUUCGACCACGCAGCCCACGUACGACUACAGCGAAGAGUCGGAAAUGCAUAGUACUCAGUCCGAGUUAAUGAAUGCUCUCGGCCAAGAUCACAAUGGGAACAGUGGCUCUUAUUCGAUGCAGAGCAGUUAUUCUUCCAUAUUCAACCCCUUUCCAGGUCCUUAUCAUCCAGACUAUCUAAAUCAGAAUUACCAUCCGCCGGCGGAUGCUCUUCCCUUCUCGACAGUCGAUGCUUUGGAAACCGAAAACUCGGGAAGUGGUGCAAGGUCGAACAAACGUCGAAGGAUGAGCACUGAUUCGGCGUCUGAACCCCCGUCAUCUGCGGUCUCUUUCAGUUCCUACAACGAUAGCUUCUCGGGCCAUUCGUCUGCGACGUCGCAGUCGAGACGCUCGUCGAUGGAUUUUCCUUUUUUCUCGCCAUAUAGCAUCCUCCGUGGGUCGGGUAAUACGUUUUGGCAUCCUCCCAUGCUUCCUCAGGAUCGCUCGCCUCAAGAAGAAGAGACUCUAUUUGCGACAUAUCUCCACCCUCCCAUGCUCUUGCCGUCUGACGAGUCGCCAUCAACCCAUACGAGUUCGCUCCACCCGCAUCCGCCUAUGUUCCCCAAUGACCCGCUAUACAACCACGGACAUUCAUCCUCGCAAGCAGAGUUCUACGACUCGGCGAUGCAGACAUUCUGACUGCUGCAGAGUCCGUUAGUGCUUUGAUCUCUAACUCUCCUUUAUCAUUUUUGUUUCAUUCAUCUUCCCGUCCGUUUCUUCCGCUUAUUCUCUCAUCAUUGCUCUCAGUAGACGCAUGUCGCAUUGCAUCUGGUGACUUUUUAGUUGUAGCUGUUCUUUCAUAUAUCUGACUUUUCCAUUUUUCCACUCCUUUUCAACCAUCAUAUAUAUUUUUGGAUGGUAGUGUACGAACGUAGCAUCGCGAAGGGCUUCGCAUAUCAAGUCCCCAAAUAUUAUUAUCUACUUUUCUCGCUGCA